AUGGUCCACUACAAGGAUGGGGACUCAGUCUCGUUAACUGUCGCCCAGUUUGAAGGUGGCUUCCACCGUUUCUCCGGCAACCAGGCGAGAGAGUCGAAGGAAUCGCAUUCUUUGCAUCCUCAGUUAUCAGUGUCUGGAUCAGCUAUCCCGGUUCUGGCAUUACAAAUCACUGUGUUCCCAAAUUCUGGUAUAAGCUUUGGAUUUUCCUUUCACCAUUCGAUUGCCGACGCCAGAACGCUUACCCAUUUUAUCAACUCAUGGGCUUCAAUCUGUAAGCUUGGAAAGCCAUCUUUGUCAACUGAAUCUCUCCCACUCUAUGACAGGACUCUGAUUAAGGAUCCAAAAGGCAUCGAGAAGAUAUUCAUGAACCAGUUAGCAAUUUUUUUCCGGUCCGAGUCCGGAGAAAGAAGAUUAUCAAAGGUGGCGAAUUAUUCACGCGCAUCCAAUGCAGUCCGAACCACAUUCCAGCUGAGCAGAGCUGACGUUGCACGACUAAAGGAACGUAUCUUGGCACAGCACAAGAAGGACAAGCGAUCACAACCACCUCGUCUGUCCACCUUCACGGUGGUCUGCGCUUAUGUCUGGGUUUGUUUGGUUCAGUCGGGGGACGAAAGGAUUCAUUUUCUGAUUAACGUGGAUUGCAGAUCUCGUCUGGAUCCUUCAGUUCCUUGGACGUACUUUGGUAACUGCAUCGGAAAUCGGGUAGUGAAAGCAGAAAGAGAUGAUCUACUAGAACAUGAUGCAAUUGCUAAGGCUGCGAAGUUGAUAGAGGAGAAAACUAAGCAGCUGGAGAAGGGAAUCUUUGAUGGUGCAGAAUUCUGGCUUUCACACAUCUUAUCCGCAGGCGCUGAUCCCAAGUUUGGAGCUGCAGGAUCAAACCAUCUAGGUUUCUAUGAGGCAGAUUUUGGAUGGGGGAGACCUAAGAAGGUGGAGUUGGUAUCCAUUGACAGAUCAGGACUCCUUUUUAUUGCAGAGAAUCCCAACGAUCGCGGUGGGGCUGAGAUCAGUUUGACACUCGAGAAGCACGAAAUGGAUGUCUUCUCUUCCAUGUUUUGUAAUGGUCUUAGCGCUGGAGGUAAUACCUCGAAAUACUCUAGGCUUUGA